UUUGGAGCAACUGCUUGCUUCGUUUCAGACUUAGACAAAUUAGGACACCUGAAGCGUCAAUUCUCAAUCCCACUGUACAUUUUCAUCCUCUCUACAAAAGGACGGAGUCUUGGCUUAUAGCUUUCCAUCUGCACCUGCCCGUUUGUUUUCCUUUCGUGUCUCUCACUCAGUUACCAUGUUCAGGAGAAAGCCUCAAAAUCAGGAGAUCGAUACUGCAGAGCGGGAUGCAAAGGUUCAACAGCUGAGAGAUGCUCUUGGACCACUAUCUGGUCGAAGCUUAAAGUUCUGCACUGAUGCAUGCCUAAGGAGGUAUUUAGAAGCUCGAAACUGGAAUCUUGGUAAAGCCCAGAAAAUGUUGGAGGAGAGUAUUAAGUGGAGGUCAGAAUACAAGCCAGAAGAAAUACGUUGGCAUGAAGUAGCACAUGAAGGUGAGACUGGCAAAGUUUCCAAGGCUAAUUUUCACGACCGGGAGGGAAGAACCGUCCUUAUAAUGAGGCCUGGAAAGCAGAAUACCUCAUCGCCUGAGGGUAACAUCCGUCACCUUGUCUAUCUAAUGGAGAAUGCCAUUCUGAACCUGCCUGAAGGGCAAGAGCAAAUGUCGUGGCUCAUAGACUUCAACGGAUGGUCACUCAACACUAACGUUCCCAUCAAAACAGCACGAGAUAUCAUCUACAUUCUACAGAAUCACUAUCCAGAGAGACUUGCAAUCGUCGUUCUCUACAGCCCGCCAAGAAUUUUCGAGGCAUUUUGGAAGGUUGUAAAGUACUUUGUGGACCAGAAAACAUUUCAGAAGAUAAAGUUUGUGUACCCAAACAACAAAGACAGCUUGGAGAUAAUGAAAUCCUUCUUCGACACUGAGAACCUUCCGAGUGAGUUUGGUGGGAAGGCUACACUGAAAUACGACCACGAGGAGUUUUCAAGAUUGAUGGCUGAGGACGAUGUCAAGACUGCAAAGUAUUGGGGAUUAGAUAAAAAUGGUAGCUACGAGAGUAAUGGGUACUCAAACUCAGAGGUGAAGAGAGAGCCAUUGAACCUUGCACCACCUGCAGUUUGAAAGGUUUAAUAGAUGUAUUAUAAUAUUUCCCCACUCUACUGACUGAUAUGAAUGUUAAGUCAUCCAUAUUCAUUAUUUUACCCAAAAAAGCAGUAAUUUGUUUCACUGAGGUGUACUAGGAAUGGUUGUUCCAGUUCUUGUUGGAACGCUAUUGAUAAAUGAUAAGAUAAUUACUGAAA